GAACUACAUUACCCAGUGACCCUCAGGCGCGCGACGUGUUCUGGGGUUCUGCGCAUGCGCACAACCCGACCACGCCCCACCCUCCCCCAUCUCUCGGCCCUGAGGUAAUUUGUGGACUACAAGUCCCUGAAGCUGUCGGGCCCAGGGCUCUCACUGCACGUGCGCGUCCCGCUGCCCGCCGGAAGGACGAAGUCUGGCAGUGUUUAUCUCGUUGGGGACCGAGGAAUCGGUUGGCGGGCAACGGGUUCUAGGCUGCUGGCAGCGCGAGGACCCGCGGCCCCACCCCGGCCCGGCCUGGCAGUUUCUAGUCCUGGCAGCAUACGAGCCACAGCUGUCAAAGGAACUCCUCGUGCCUGUAGACACCCUGGGUGACCCCAGGGACAACGGAUCAACUUGACAAGAACCAUCUGUGAGGGGCUAAUCAACCAUGGUUACAUGGAGUUCCCUGUCCUAGGUAGCAGAGGCAGCAGGCCGUGCCGGGGGGGCAUGUUCCUGUAACCUGUGGCCCAGGGGAUGUUACGGUGGACAGUGCAUCUGGAGGGCGGGCCACGCAGGGUGAACCAUGCUGCAGUGGCUGUCGGGCAUCGAGUGUACUCCUUCGGGGGUUACUGCUCUGGUGAAGACUACGAGACACUACGGCAGAUAGACGUGCACAUUUUCAAUGCUGUGUCCUUGCGUUGGACAAAGUUGCCCCCCGUGAGGCCUGCCGUCCGAGGGCAGGCUCCUGUUGUCCCUUACAUGCGGUAUGGACACUCCACCGUCCUCAUUGAUGACACGGUUUUCCUUUGGGGCGGGCGCAAUGACACCGAGGGGGCCUGCAACGUACUCUACGCCUUCGAUGUCAAUACUCACAAGUGGUCUACACCCCGAGUGUCAGGAACGGUUCCUGGGGCCCGGGAUGGACAUUCAGCUUGUGUCCUGGGCAAGAUCAUGUACAUCUUUGGGGGAUAUGAACAGCUGGCCGACUGCUUUUCCAAUGACAUCCACAAGCUGGAUACCAGCACCAUGACAUGGACCCUUGUUUGUACAAAGGGCAAUCCUGCACGGUGGAGGGACUUCCACUCAGCCACAAUGCUGGGCAAUCACAUGUAUGUCUUCGGGGGCCGUGCUGACCGCUUUGGGCCAUUUCAUUCCAACAAUGAGAUCUACUGUAAUCGAAUUCGAGUCUUUGAUACCAGAACCGAGGCCUGGCUUGACUGUCCACAUACGCCAGUGCUGCCUGAGGGGCGCAGGAGCCAUUCAGCCUUUGGCUACAAUGGAGAGUUGUACAUCUUUGGUGGCUAUAAUGCAAGGCUGAAUCGGCAUUUCCAUGACCUCUGGAAGUUUAAUCCUGGGUCCUUUACCUGGAAGAAGAUUGAACCAAAGGGGAAAGGACCAUGUCCCCGCCGACGCCAGUGUUGCUGUAUUGUUGGUGAUAAGAUUGUCCUCUUUGGGGGUACCAGCCCCUCUCCAGAGGAAGGCCUGGGGGAUGAAUUUGACCUCAUAGAUCAUUCUGACUUACACAUCUUGGACUUCAGUCCUAGUCUGAAGACUCUCUGCAAACUGGCCGUGAUUCAAUACAACCUGGACCAGUCCUGUCUGCCCCAUGACAUCAGGUGGGAGCUCAAUGCCAUGACCACCAACAGCAAUAUCAGCCGGCCCAUUGUCUCCUCCCAUGGAUAGGAAGAAGUUUCUGCUGCCUCCCCUCCUGAGCCUGCUCUUGUCUUCAUCGCCCCUGCCCAUCUCACCUGCCUGCCCCUUUUUACCCGGACUCAGUACACCUCCACGUGGGGUUGAUGGACUAGAGGUGUUUGCUGUGCUGUGAAUUCAGUGGGGAGUUGUUGGGGGAGGCCAUUUCCCUCCCCCUUGGGCCGAGGGCCCCUUCCCUUGGUGCUCUGUCCCCAUCCACCUCCUUCCACUGCUCCUGGGCCUUUGCUCUGCCCCAGGCCAGCUGGGCAGCCAGGCUGUGCUGGAAAGGGACAGGAGUGGGGAGAAGCCAGCAGUGUCGGUCGGAGCCUCAGGAGCUUCCCUCUCCCCGUGACCACCCUCUCCCUGCUUGAGCAUCGCCCGGGGAGCUGAGAGGAGCCUCGGCUGUUGGCAUGAAACCCCCUCCCCAACCCGCGGUGGUGGGGACCAACAGACAGCGUCACCCUUCCUUGAGCUGUUGCUGUACCCCUGAAGCUCAGCCAGCUCUGACUUUAUAAAACGUAAAACCUC